UGACUAGGUUUGUUGCGCUCACACACAAUCAGGAGGACUUUAUAAACCACUUGGGAGCAGGAUACACUAUCAUAUUUUUUAUCCUACCUGGUUAAAGGAGUUUUAUUUGGUCUACGUACUGUAGUUGGAUUAGUACUGUCACCUUGGGACAACAUGGAAAGCAACAGGCAAAUGAAAUUUCGCAUGCUUGUAUUGGUCCUGGUUUCAUUUUUCACGAAGGCUUACGCCUCAGACAUCUUUCCAAAAGCACAGAGAGUAGCCUGGUCCUCUUUUAAUUUUAAAUCCAUGUUAACAUGGAGUCCAAAACCAACGAAUUAUUCCUACACUGUUGAAUUUUCAGAACCGAGCCAGGACAGACAACGGACGCCACACUGUAUCAGGACUAUGGAAACUGAAUGCGACCUGACUGCAGAAUUAAAAAACCUAAAGGCCAGUUACAAAGCCGACAUCCUGUCUGAACCCAUGCGGGGCGUCUCCUUGGAUUUGGUUGAGUUCCCUCAUGUCACUUCUGAGAGAUUCUCCCCUUAUUAUGACACUGGCAUUGGCAGACCAGAGUUUAAAAUAGAAGUAAACAAUGACGAGAGGAAGACGACACUGCUUGUAACGGAUGUCCCCACAGCUCUCUUUAAUAAUCUUAAUGAGAGACUGAACAUUCGGGAUGUUUUUGGGGACGACCUGCUUUAUAAGGUUAUCUACAGGAAAGCCAAGAGCACAGGAAAGAAAGAGAUGACCAGUAAAAGCAGCACCAUUGAGCUGACGGAUUUGGACCAAGGAGUGAGUUACUGUUUCAACAUUCAGGUCUACCUCCCCUCCCGCGCUCUGGACAAACAACACGGGCAGCUCAGCCACAUCCAGUGCUCUCCAGAAGAUGACGCAUCAUUCUUUGAAGAGUACGGCAUAGGUGUCAUCGUCGGAGCCAUUUUUAUUAUCAUUCUGGCAAUGACAACAAUCAUUAUUGUCAUCGUGAUGUGCUGCAGGCGACGAAAGCAACCGAAAAACACAGGAAAAGAGGGAUUACCAUUGAACGGUGUGUGAGGAAUGCGGAUGCUCUUUUUGGUACGUCUAAAUUAGACUCUCCCUUAUGAAGGGAGGAUGGUGUGCCGUUUUUCUAUAAAAAAAAAUAGUGUUUCUGUGAAACCUCAAAAUGCAGAUAUGUUAGACAUAUAAUUUAGCAAGACAAGACCUUUAUAUUGUCAGGUGGCGGGUUCUUUAGUCUGGCACUGAAGUGUACUGUAUAAACAUUUUUAUAAGCACUGCCUCUUUCAUCUACUUGCUAACAAAUGGAAAUACUGUACGAUUUAAGAGAGGUUUUUUGUACGCACUUGGGAGAAUCAAAAUCAGAUAAUAUUUUAUGGAAUGAAAGAACUAAUUUAUUUUUUUUAGCUAAUAUUGUAAACUGUAUUCGUUUUUUAAAGUAUUUUUGUUGUAAGAGUGAAACGCUCUUUUAAUUUAAGUUUUAUCACAUUGCAACUGUACAUGGCUAACCAUUAAUCAAAAAAUGAUGUUAUAUCUGGUGUAUUGUUGCCAUUUUGGUGCAUAAACUUUAUGAUUAUACUUCAGACCUGUGAAUCCAGUAAAAAUGGUACUGAUGUGGAUUUAAAAACACACAAAUAAA